CCUUACAUCACGGGGGCGUGUUAGGGUGCAUGUGUGUGUUUGGGUGGGAGGUUAGCAUGUGAAAGUGUUGGUGCAUCCCAGAGGCUCGUCUCCACUUGGCUCCAUUGUUUGUGGCACGGACCGUCGAACAUGAACCUGUUCUGCUUCACGCUGGCGGGCUCCACGGAAAGCAUAUAUGAACCAGCCUACAGCCAAUCACUGAAGGAAGUCCUGCCCAAGUACCAGUGCAGCCCUGCUCUUCUGAGCUGUGGUCCUGAGUGGGGGGGCUCAGAUCCAUCCAUCGGUUCCAAUCAACCUGAGAAUGCCAUGAAAUCAAAAAGGGGCAAUAAACGGUCAUGUUUACCAACAUCACCCUCAGAAAAUGAAACAUUAGAAAAAGACAUCAGUCAUGUUUGCUGGAUGUCAUCUGGUGACCAGAAGGACUUAUCUCAUCAAAACAAAGUUCAGAGCAGAGAGAUGCGUGAAGCUCCCUGUCAGAGCAGCAGGCUGACAAGAGAUGACAGAGUGAAGGAGCUGAACCGUGACAGGACACAGACAGAUCUACCAGCUCAGGAAAGUGAAACUGCAGCUGACAAAGCAGAAUCCAUACACACCAAAAGAAGGCUAAAGAAGUUACAGAGUCUGGUGCAAGCAAAGAAGGCUCAUCAGGGUGGAGCUGGGAAAGGAAAGAACACAGAAUCUGAGGAUAACGAUCGUUUGUCGGGUGUGCUGAGUAACAGCAAUCCAGUGCUGACCUGCAUCGGCCUGGGGAAGAGAGCAGAGAAGUCCUCAUCACCACAGCGGCAACAGGCCAAAGGCCGUGACGAUUCGGAGGAGGAGGGCAUUGUCAGCCCAAGGGUCGGAAAUCAUCUGUGGAGCCCCUUUGAGUGUCCACAGCCCUGGUCUCCAUUCUACCACACCUGCCACCCACCUCGACAUGAGCUGUGGAGCUGCGGCGGCACCUUGUCACUACCUCGGGCGACGGAAUGGGAUCGUUUUGAGAGUUUGAUACAGGAACUGGACAUCAAACAGCCCAGUCUGUCUCCCCCACAAAUGGUCCGCUCCAUCACAGAUCUGCACCUCUCACCAAACACAUUGACCAGAUUUGGGAGAUUGGACGCCUUCUCACAACACAUGCCUUUAAUGAAACCACGGGACGAUGGAAGCUGUGCGAAACAGGAGCAGACUGAUGAUCCAACCAAAUCAGGGCCAAAAGAAUUGCAAAUGGAGGCGCCAGAGAGCGUCAGGACGCAUGCUGAGGCCCCACCAGAGAGGGUUCAGACAGCCACCAUUGACGGAGACACUCAGAAAAACGGAGCACUGAAGGAGGCUGCUGGUGGGCGACCAUUGACUAAAGGACACAGGCAGUCCACUAACUCUCUGGAAAGCCUCUACAGCCUGAACAGUGGACAAAGCUCCUCAAGUGGAGUCACCAGUGGGUCAGACUGCUCGAGUAACAGAGGCAGUCUGAGGCUGGAGGACGAUCUACUGUGCACCAGACAGUUCUGUGGCAGAGCUAGAGUCCAUACAGACCAUGUGCCAAGUCCAUAUGACACAGAAUCCCUUAAACUCAAGGUGGGAGAUGUGAUUGACAUCAUCGCCAAGCCACCAAUGGGAACAUGGACAGGCAUGCUGAAUGGCAGGAUUGGGAAUUUUAAGUUCAUUUAUGUGGAUGUGCUAGGAGAGGAGAGACCUGAGAUACACAAGGAAACACACAGCCACAAAGUGAAACACAGAUCAACUGUCCAGGAAGUGUUAAAGCGCCUCAGUUUGGAGCAGAACGGUUACCAAACAGCAGAAGACUUGAUGAGGCUGAGGGAACAUCACCUGAUGGAGCUGAAUGUGACUGAUCCAGAGCACAGGCAUCGCCUGCUCGCCGCUGUCGACCCCCUGCAGCAACUACGCCCUGAUCGUCAGUUGGAGAAUGAGGCCAAUCAGGAGGCUGAGGCCACCGGUAAGAACACAAAGGCAGAUAUGAACAGUUGCUCAAGAGACUCCGGCUGCCCUGACAACCCCACAGAGGACACGGACUUCCACGUCGCCUCUCAACAGCCUCUAACAGCUGUAAAGACAGUCUCAAGGGAAUAAUCCUUUCUUUAUAAUGCCUGCCCUGUUGAGAUGAAUUGUGAAUUAUAAGAUGUUUUUUAUGUUCUUAGCAAACAAAGUAAUUUUACGUAGAAAAUGCCCACCCGGAGGGUUUACCACUGCUACUCCUUCAACUACUGGUUAUAUGUGUUCAAUUGUUUCCUGAAAUUUAUCAUUUCAUAUGUUUUAUUUUUAGCAUGAUUACAUUUUAAUGUGGCUUAUGACAAUCAUCAAAAAGCAUCACCCAUGAAAUAUGAAUGUUCACCGUCUGUAUGCAGGACAGCACUACAUUUGAGCACUCCACUGACAAUAACAUGAGUUUUUUUCAAAUUGUACAAACGUCUCGGGCUGCAACUAACAAUUAUUCUUAUUACAUGUUAAAGUGCCAAUUAUUUUCUUAAAUAAUCAAUUAAUUGUUGGUUUGUUCAAUAACAAGUUCGAAAUGAGUAAUUACUGUUUAAAAAAGUAAUUAGUGAUCCCAUUCUCCUAAGAUGGUGUCUUCAUUGAUGAUGUUUUGAACAAUAGUACAAAACCCAAAUAUUUUCAAAUUACUGUCAUAAAAGAACUUUAAAAAUUAAUGAGUUAGCAAAGUUUUAACAAUUAAUCUUCUGUUGAUCAACUAUCUGAUUAAUUUUGACCUCCACAAACGUCAUUUUUUUUAAUAAUAUUCGGAGUAAUGCUAGUGAUUUGAAGUGAAUCUAACAUUUUUCUACUAUUACCAAAAUGAAAACUGUGGUUUGAAUCAUUUGCAAUGCUUUAAAUGUUGGCUGAGACCAUAUUUGCUCUGAAUGUUCUGGGCAGCUAGCAUGAAUGUAUUCACAUCAACAAAGUGUUGUGCAUCCUAAUUCCCUGUUGUAGCACUCUACCAAUAUAACACAAGUAUUUAUAUGAGAAUCUCACCAAUUUACAGGAAAUAACCAAGUGUGGUCUCUUGUAAUUUCAUCAGAAGCUGCAACCUUGUUGAUAUUUUUUAAUGAGCAAAUAAACUAUAUGCUGCUUGGGAAUACCUUAACAACCAUGAAGUUUAUCUUUAUGACCAUCUUAGUUUAGCAUGUCAACAUUUGCUACGUAACA